AAGUAUACCAUGGCGAAAUCAGCUGUUAAUGCUUCUUUCAAUCUGUGUGAACUAUACAACUUAUGCCAACUCUAGAUACAGUCGUCAGGUACCUGGCUUGUACCCUCGCGGGGUCGGUGCUCAAGUUGGUAACCAGCCUGAGCAUGGAUAUCGUGAAGCUGUUAGUGCCCAAAUAGUAUCUCUCAGAGAGCAAGAGAGGUUGGAUGCACACUGUUUCGUCGAUGUUUCGCUUUCCAACGCUCACGCUGGGCUGAUCAGUUGAUGAAAAUGAAGCGGUUCUUUCCUGCCUUAAUUGUCAGUGACUGAUUCCGGUCGUAGUCUUCGAAUUCUUGACGUGGGAAGUCCUUGAAACUCGUCAUAAAUGAUCAGAUCCACUGCUUAUUCCUCCCUUCUUUCAGAAUGUCGUCUUCCCUCGCUGCGGAAGCAGCUCAAGCUCUACCAUCGUUAGGUCCGACCAUGGGCGCGAUGUCCCUUGCUCUUAUCAUAGCGUCAAUAUUAUACGGAACAACAAACUUACAAGCAGUCAUAUAUUUCAAAGAAUAUCCGGACGACUGGUGGUUCUAUCGCCUUUCGAUUGCGACGCUCUGGGUGCUUGAUACUUUGCAUAUUGCAUUUAACAUGCAUGUUCUUUAUUUUUAUACAAUUAGCUCGUUCGGGAAUUACAUAGCAAUCCUUAAAUUCGUGUGGAGCUUCAAGUUGGGCUUGGUGAUCUACAACAUGAUUGUCUUCUGUGUUCAUAUCGUAUACUGUGUAAGGUUGUGGAUGCUGGGGCGGUAUUUCCAUCGCAUAAUUCCGUGGUUUAUAACAGUCAUCGUAAUUGGAAUCUGCGCCACAUCAAUCAUUUUCUGCAGAGAAGUGUACACGAUAUCAUAUAUCACUGAAAUUAACAAGAUUUCCCCAACGAUCGAGGCCGGGCUUACUACAACAGUAUCUGUGGACAUAAUCAUAGCCUUUGCGAUGUCCUACUACCUUCUCAAGGGGCGAACAUCUACGGGUUCCUUUAGUACGAACAUCAAACUUGUUGCCUUGAUGCGGUUGAUCCUCAUUUCCGGACUCGGUACAAGUGCGCUAGGAUUAGCCUCUCUGAUCACGUUUCUUGUCUUUCCCGGAACGCUUAUCUUCAUGGCAAUCGGAAUCGUUACAUCCAAAUUGUAUAUUAACUCUUUAUUAGCUAUGUUCAACGCACGGGAACGAAGACAACAGAAGAAUGUUGGCACCUCCUUCCCAUCAACAUUCAGAGCCCAAGGCGAAGAAAACAUUACGAACCCCAUUCCGCUGUCUGAUAUUAUCAGUAGCGUUCAGACGUCCGACGACAUGGUUUUCGAUAACUGUAAAUCGGAGCGACAGUAUCAUAUCUCCGAGGCAGUUUGAACAGAAGACCCGGAAUCCAAGGGUAGAGGAACCGAAGAAAUUCACGGUCAUCUCGGCUAUUUGUUUAUAAAUCUCGACAAUGAUUAUUCUCGAAAUGAUGUCAAUAAUGGCAGGAGAAGCAACUACACUGUUAUUACGAUACCCUCAGCAGCAUUUUCUUGUCC